AGAAAAUCCAAGUUGGAGUGGUGCCUGAUACAGGUGAAAAUCAGUUUGCAGCUACUGGAAGAGAGAGGAGCAUAUCAGUUGUUUAAAACAAAAAGCCAGUGUUAACAGGCUCAGAGAAAUGAAGUUGAAAGGAAUAGUUGUAGCUGCUGAAUAGAAGCAAAAUUCCAACGUGGUUCCAUUAAAAUGACUUCUCAGCGAUCUCUCCCUGCAGAUGACUUCGGUAUCUACUAUGUCCUUGCAGAGUGCACAGAUUACUAUGAUACCCUUCCAGUUAAGGAGGCUGAUGGGAGCCAGCCCUGUUCUCAGGGCGUCACUGGCUUGCGGAACUUGGGCAACACAUGCUACAUGAAUGCCAUCUUACAGUGUCUCUGCAGCAUCUCGCCGCUGGUGGAAUACUUCCUCUCCGGGAAGUAUAUCACUGCUCUUCAAAACGAUUGCAGUGAGGUUGCCACUGCUUUUGCCUACCUGAUGACAGACAUGUGGCUGGGAGACUCAGACUGUGUCUCACCAGAAAUAUUCCGGUCAGCUCUUGGCAACCUCUACCCAGCAUUUACGAAAAAGACGCAACAAGAUGCUCAGGAAUUCUUGAUUUAUGUCCUAAAUGAACUUCAUGAAGCUCUAAAAAAGUACCACUACCCCCGGAGAAGAUCACACGAGAAAGGUUCUGCUCAGAGAUGCUGCAGGAAGUGGAUUACCACUGAGACAUCCGUCAUCACCCAGCUGUUUGAAGGGCAGCUCAAUUAUAGCAUCGUGUGUUUAAAGUGUGAGAAAUGCACCUACAAGAACGAAGUCUUCACUGUCCUCUCACUCCCCAUUCCAUCCGAAUAUGAAUGCUCCCUUCAGGACUGUCUCCAGUGUUUUUUUCAACAAGACACACUGACCUGGAACAACCAAAUUCACUGCUCCUUUUGUGAAACCAAGCAAGAAACUGCCGUGAGGGCUGGUAUUUCCAAAGCACCCAAAAUAAUUAUUUUUCACCUUAAAAGGUUUGACAUUCAGGGUACAACGAAAAGGAAGCUGAGAACGGAUAUUCAUUACCCACUCACUAAUUUGGACCUCACUCCUUAUAUUUGCCCAAUUUUCCGGAAAUAUCCUAAAUACAAUCUCUGUGCAGUGGUGAUUUUUGCUGGCACAAACGACAUUAUGGGGACAUCCCUGCAUGUAUAUAACCACUUUGGUGAUCUGGAUGGUGGCCACUACACUGCUUUCUGCAAGAAUUCAUUCACCCAGGCCUGGUAUAGCUUUGAUGACACACGAGUCAGUGAGAUUCCAGAUACUUCCGUUCAAAAUGCUACAGCAUAUCUCCUGUUCUAUAGCUGCCAGCCCUUUUCCAUACCAAUACAAAAGCAUUAAGAGCCCGGAAAAUGGUGUUUCCUGAACACUGCAAAACAAGCAAUCAGCAUCUGGUGGUAGAAUUUUGCUUGGUCAUUAAACUCGUAGAACUUA